UCGAUCUCCUCGAUCAGUUCUACAUAUACAAAUUGAUUAACAACAAAUCAAGUUCUUCAAAAGAGAGACAGAAAUAUGGAGAGGUCCAUGAGUAAGGUUUUUGUGACUUUUGGUUUCAUUGUGGCAGUGUGUAUGCAUUAUGUGGCUGCACAAACGGUGCAUGUUGUGGGAGAUGCUAGUGGUUGGACAGUUCCUCAAAAUGGUGCAGCUUUCUAUCAAACUUGGGCUGUUAAUAAGAAGUUGGUCGUUGGUGAUAUUCUAACUUUCAACUUCCGGACCAAUGCCCACGAUGUACUCCAAGUACCAAAAGAAUCGUAUGACAAAUGCAGCUCCGACAAUCCAAUAGGCCAAACCAUCACCACCGGCCCAACAAACAUAACAAUUGAUUCCUCAGGAAACCUCUUCUUCAUCUGCACUGUUGGUGACCACUGCCAGGGAGGCCAGAAGUUAUCUAUCGCCGUCUCUCCCUCACCUCCCGGCGCUUCACCACCUUCCGGUAACACUCAUGCUCCACCUCCACCUGCCACUACUGCACCUCCUACCGCCCCAUCCCCAACCGAUGCAUGCGCUCCCACUCCAUCAUCCUCUCCUUCACCAUCAUCAUCCACUCCUAGCGGUGGCUCUUCGGUUCCACCACCGAGUGGUUCUUCUUCAUCCGCCGUUUUGGCUGGUGUCUCCUUCUCCUUCAUCUCCGUUGUCAUGGGCUUCUUCUUUUAGAUUUUUUUCCGCACUUUAUUCUUAUAGUCUACGUCAUUGGUUGUGAUAAUCGUAUUAUUAUUAUUUUUUUUGGUAUUAGAAAUUCAGAUUUUUAUUAGAAGCACACUACUUGUAACAUCUAAUAUUACUUUAUGAUCAAUAAAAAAAAAGGUUUCUUCUUAGAAACUUUCUACAAUUUGAUUUUA